CCUCAGACAUGUUAUAGGUCUGUUAGCAGGUAUAUUUCUGAACUAAAAAUAUUAUUAGAGUCUCUUUUCUCCAGACGUUCGUGCAGGACUGAGGAAGCGAAGAGGUCAGCAGGCGAGUGGGAAGAGCUAUUUUGCAGAAGGCUCAGAUCAGGAAGAUGAGCAAGGAACUGCUUGGCUCCUCCUCCCCUUGUCACAUGAACACGGGCCUCGUGUCCUUCAAGGAGGUGGCUGUGUAUUUCACGGAGGAGGAGUGGGCUCUGCUGGAUGCUGGCCAGAGAGCUCUUUACAGAGAAGUCAUGCUGGAGAACUAUGGGAACGUGGCCUCUCUGGGUAAUAAAGGUAAGACUAACCACUGUCUGAAUGGGAAAAGAUCCAGCCAGAAAUCUAGUGGUGAGAGCAACCAGGGAAUUUACACAGGGGAGAAACUGUACAACUGCUCAGAGUGUGGGAAGAGUUUCAAAAACAACGCACACCUUACUCGUCACCAAAGGACUCACACAGGGGAGAAACCAUAUCAAUGCUUGGAGUGUGGAAAGAGCUUUACACGCAGCACAAGCCUUACUUAUCAUCAAAGGAUUCACACAGGGGAGAAACCAUAUGAAUGCUUUGAGUGUGAGAAGAGCUUCAGAUGCAGCCAAAGCCUUAAUGAUCAUCAAAGAUUUCACACCGGGGAGAAACCCUAUGAUUGCUUGGAGUGUGGGAAGAGCUUCAGAUGCAGCGCAAGUCUUAGUUCUCACCAAAGGAUGCAUAAAGGGGAGAAACCAUAUGAGUGUUUGGAGUGUGGGAAGAAAUUCAGAUAUCGCCAAAGCCUUCAUGAUCACCAAAGGAUUCACACUGGAGAGAAACCAUAUGAUUGCUUGGAGUGUGGGAAGAGCUUCAGAUACAGCACACACCUUACUUCUCACAAAAGGAUUCACACAGGAGAGAAACCAUAUAAGUGCUUGGAAUGUGGAAAGAGCUUCUAUCACAGCGCACACCUUACUCGUCACCAAAGAAUUCACACAGGAGAGAGACCAUAUCAAUGCUUGAAGUGUGGGAAGACCUUCAUACGCAGCAUACACCUUACUACUCACCAAAGGAUUCACACAGGAGAGAACCCGUAUCCAUGCUUGGAGUGUGGGAAGAGCUUCAGAUACAGCACACGCCUUAAUCGUCACAAAAGGAUUCACACAGGGGAGAAACCAUAUCAAUGCUUGGAGUGUGGGAAAACCUUCAAAUGCAAAACAAGCCUUAGUUAUCACCAAAUGAUUCACAGAGGGGAGAAACCAUAUGAGUGCUUGGAGUGUGGGAAGAGCUUCAGAUACAGCACACACCUUAAUCGUCACAAAAGGAUUCACACAGGGGAGAAACCAUAUCAAUGCUUGGAGUGUGGGAAAACCUUCAAAUGCAAAACAAGCCUUAGUUAUCAUCAAAUGAUUCAUAGAGGGGAGAAACCAUAUGAGUGCUUGGAGUGUGGGAAGAGCUUCACAAGCAGGACAAGCCUUAAUUAUCACCAAAUGAUUCACAGAGGGGAGAAACCAUAUGAGUGCUUGGAGUGUGGGAAGAGGUUCAGAUGCAACAAAAGCCUUAAUGGUCAUCAAAGGAUUCACACAGGGGAGAAACUGUAUACAUGCUUGGAGUGUGGAAAGAGCUUUUCACACUUAGAGAGCCACCAGAGAAUCCACACCGGAGAGAAACCCUAUAAAUGCCCCAUAUGUGGGAAAUGUUUCUCUCAGCAGCCUCACCUAAUGAGUCACCAGAAAAUCCACACAGGUGAGAAGCCUUACAAGUGUCCAGAGUGUGGGAAAUGUUUUUCUCACCAUUCAGGCUUUGUGAAACACCACAGAAUCCACACAGGAGAAAAACCAUACCAGUGUCCGAACUGCAAGAAGUGCUUUGCUUUCCAGUCCUACCUCAUGAAUCACCAGAGAAUCCACACAGGAGAGAAGCCUUACAAAUGCUUGGAAUGUGGGAAAUGUUUUACUCAGCAAGCUCAUCUGAAGAACCAUGGUCAAGUCCACACGGGAGAGAAGCCCUAUAACUGUGCAGACUGUGGGAAACGUUUUGGUAACCGCACAGCUCUCCUGAGUCACCAAAGAGUCCACACAGGAGAGAAACCCUACAGAUGUUCAGAAUGUGGGAAAUGUUUUGCAUACAGCUCAGCCCUUGUCAACCACCAGAGAAUCCACACAGGAGAGAAACCCUACAAGUGCACAGUGUGUGGGAAAAAUUUUUCCCGCCACUCACACCUUGCAAAACACCUGAAAAUUCAUACAGGGGAGAAACGCUAUAAGUGCUUGGAGUGUGGGAAAUGUUUUGCUGACAACUCUACCCUUGUGCUCCACCAGAGAGUUCACACUGGAGAGAAACCCUACAAGUGCAUGGAGUGUGGGAAAUGUUUUGCAUAUCGGUCAGUCCUUGUGAAUCAUCAAAGACUCCACACUGGAGAGAAGCCAUAUAAAUGUUUAGAAUGUGGAAAACGCUUUACUCAGUAUGCAAACCUUCUAAUUCACCAGAUAGUCCACACUGGAGAGAAAAAAUCAAAAUGUAUGGAAUGUGGGAAAUGUUUUUCUCACCAGUCAUACCUUACAGAUCACCACAAACUCCACACAGGAGAGAAACCCUAUAAGUGCUUGGAGUGUGGGAAGAGUUUUGCUCAAAGAUCCAAUUUUUCCACACACCAAAAAGUCCACACAGGAGUGAAGCCAUAUAAAUGUCUAGAGUGUGGGAAAGGUUUUUCUCAAAAAUCAAGCUUUGAAAUGCACCUGAGAAUCCAUACAGGAGAGAAACCCUAUGAAUGCCUCAAGUGUGGGAAAUGCUUUGCUAACCGUUCAUGGCUUGUGAGUCACCAGACAGUCCAUACAGGGGAGAAAAAGGCUAAAUGUUUAGAAUGUGGGAAAUGUUUUGCACGGCGCUCACAUCUUGCAAGCCAUCGGAAGGUCCACACCGGAGAGAAACCGCAUAAGUGCAUGGAAUGCGGGAGUAAGUUUGCUUACCGUUCAGCAUUUUUGAAACACCAGAGAGUCCACACAGGUGAGAAACCAUAUAAAUGUUCAGAAUGCGGGAAGUCUUUCGCUCAGCAGUCCAGCUACACUAUGCACCUGCGAGUCCACACAGGUGAGAAGCCUUAUAAGUGCGCUGAGUGUGGGAAAUGUUUUGCUCAUCAAUCAAGCUAUGUGACACAUCUUCGAGUUCACACAGGAGAGAGACCUUAUGCGUGUCUGGAAUGCGGGAAGCGUUUUACCCAGCAUCCACACCUUGUGAUACAUCAGAUCGUCCACACAAGAAAGAAAAACUCUAAGUGCCCGGAUUGUGGGAAAUCCUUUGCUCAUCAGUCGCUCCUUUUGAUACACAGGAGAAUCCACACGGGCGAGAAACCAUACAGCUGCUUAGAGUGUGGGAAACGUUUUAGGCAACGAUCACACCUUAGGUGCCACAUCAGAAUCCACACUGGAGAGAAACUGUAUCAGUGCCCCAUCUGUGGGAAAUCUUUUGCUCAACUCCAGCGCCUGAUUAGUCACCAGAAAGUCCACAAGAAAGAGAAAUCUGAUGAAUGCCUUGAAAUGUCAGAAAAGGGUAGGCUUGAAAAGAAAACUGCCUAAACAUGAAAGAUACCAUACAGCACUUUUGAAGAAGGGAAACUCCUGUCCUG